CCCGCAGAGACUCCAUCGAUCGUAAGCGCGGGCACGGCCAUUGUGUAAAAAGGAUCCAUGACGCUCGGAUAGUGCGCGCUGAGGAGCCGGACGCGUAGUCUCCCCAAGUUCGUCCUCUUGUGAUAUUUAGACUGUGCCAAUAUUUAGAAACGAGGAAACGAAGCCAGAACUACCAUGGAGGACGACCAGCAGUUCUGUCUCAGGUGGAACAACCACCAAAGUACGCUCAUACAAAACUUCGACACACUCCUCGAAAGCGGAACGCUGGUCGACUGCACCUUGGCAGCGGAGGGGAAGACUCUGAAGGCCCAUAAAGUAGUCCUCUCCGCGUGCAGUCCAUACUUUGAGUGCCUCCUCAGCGAACACUAUGACAAGCAUCCAGUCUUCAUACUCAAAGAUGUUAAAUUCAAGGAACUUAAGGCGAUGAUGGAUUAUAUGUAUAGGGGGGAAGUCAACAUUUCCCAAGACCAAUUGGCAGCACUCCUCAAAGCCGCUGAGUCUUUGCAAAUUAAGGGCCUUUCGGAAAGUAAAACGGCUGGUAGUAGUAAGACAGAGUCCAGACCACAGAAAACCGUCUCACAACCAACAGCACCAUCGUUAGACAUUCCACACGCGUCUUCCGGUCUGACGAUAGAAAAGAACAAAGUUCCUAGGCAAAGUAUGGCACAAGCUCCUGUGGGGGAUUUACCGGAGGAUACGGCUAGUCCUCGAGAGCCGAAGAGGCUCGGCUCGAGUAGAGAAGGCUCGCAAAGUCCAACCACGAGAAAAAGAACCAGGUUUCGAAGAAGAAGUUUGGGCGAAGAUAAUACGAUAGAGAACCAAGAUGCAUCGAAUUCCAGUGACAUGCCUCAACAAAUGGGUGUGCCGGCGCUUGGAAUCGCGCCUGUGGCAGACGAAAAAGUACAUUCAGAUCCAACAGAUUCUCUCGGCAGGUCAGCUUUGAUGACGCAGCUGACGAAACCCGCCGACGAGAUGUUACAGCUGCCACUCGAAAAGCCCGAGCCAAAUGAUAAUCUCAUCGAGCCAAAGUCUGAAUACCUAGAUGAAUCUGAGGAAUGCGUCGAAGACCUGACGCUGGACGACGAUAUGAACGAUCUAAAUGACAUGGAGCAGGAUAACAACCGAGCUGGACCAUCUCACGACUCCGCCCAACACACCUCAAGCCUUGCGUGGCACGUCACUGGUGACCGAAGUAACGCGGGGGGUGUUGUGGGCUCAGUGGCAGGAGGCGGGGACGAGGUGUUUUUAGCAGCUCAGGAUGUCGCACAACAACAGGCUCAGCGCGACUCACAAGCUUAUCGGAAGAUGUACAUGGGCGAUCAGGUUCUCGGCUACACUUGCACCAUGUGCAGUAAGUUCUACAAGAUGUGGAGCAAUUACCUAAAGCACAAGUGCGAACCGCCACAGUUCAAGUGUCCGCUAUGCCCGUUUGCCGCCUUCAAGGCCUUCAUCCUACACGCUCAUCAAGCUGAGCAGCACUUCAAGGUCACCUCGCCCAACACUUGAACGUCCCACGACAGGAUGGAUCGGGGAGGAAUUGUCGAAUUGCCUUAGUCGUCAUUAUGGUUCUUCGUGGCUGAUGCGUUAUGUGACUCAACUUGAAAAUUUGCAGCUCCGACAAAAGGAUCUAUGAGUGACCCGUUUCGAGAUCUCGACGACCCUUUUUUUCUAAGUAGUUGCGAUUAGAGUCCUGAGAGAAAGCGUUCUCUUUUUCUGAAGAAUAUAUUUUUCAUAAACUCUCGUAAGCUUGUAAGCUACAAAGACGAUGAUGCAUGUAGAUUUCGAGUUCUUAAUAUAGAAUGACUCGAUGUAUUGUAUUAGUUAAUAAUCAGCAAUCGGCGCAUUUUUGUCACGUGAUGGAAGGAAACUCGGAUCUCAUAGAUGGACGAUGCACAUAAAUUUCUGAGAGAUUGUACAAGAACCGAAAAAGUCCUCUCGUUUGUAGUAGAUCUUUUUUUCUCCUGACGCUUUGUUAUAUGUAAUCACGCAAAUACUAUAAUAAUAAUAAUGACCGAGGUUGCAAAAGUAUAAUGCAAAGGUAUAUAAAGUAACGAAUAAUGUAGUUUAAUCUACAGUAAACUAUAAAAAAGACUGAGUGACAAUAAUAAGGCUUGUACAAGAUGCGUUAUUUCAUUCAUCUUACGCUUUUCAAUAUUGUAUACAUGUUUACACACAUGCUUUUCUUUGUGAUUAAAAGGACACGAUAAGGAAACGUUCAUCUCUCAUCAGAAAGAAUAAAGUGUAUAAAUGAAUAUUCUGUUCCAUAAUUCACUAUUGGAAUUUGAUGAUAGAUAUUGUUGCCAACAUUAUACACAUUAUUGAUUGCACUUUAGCUGCAUAAUCAAUCUCAAAAUUUUAUCUCGGCACCGAGUGCCAGCCGUUUAAUGCGAAACACAUAAAGAUACCGUAUACUCCAUAAUAUUUAUAAAUGCAUGUAUUUUCGUAAUAAUACCAACAAUAAAGUGUCAGAAAAGUAUUAAAAAUGAAA